GCGUCUCGGCGAUGGUCGUCCCGCAGGCGCACGAACGGCUGUUGGGAAGCUGAGCGGCGGCGGCCGCCGGGGCCUUCCCUGGCGGAGCUGCGCCUCCUGGCUCCCGGCCCCCGGCUCCCAGAACCUUUAUAUUUAGUGAACACAGACAUGAAAAGAAAGGUAGUGAAUGCUGGCAAGAUGAGAUUGAGUCCUAAUGAGGAAGCCUUCAUUUUAAAAGAAGAUUAUGAGAGAAGACGAAAGCUACGAUUGCUACAGGUUCGAGAGCAAGAAAGGGAUAUCGCUUUACAGAGAAGAGAAGAUAUAAAACAAAGGAGAAUUCGGCAAUUUAAUCAUUUGGCAGAGGCACUGAGGGCAGAAUGGGAAGAAUCACAGACUCAGAAAAUAAACAACUUGGAAAAACUGUAUUUGGCAAGUUUAAGAAGUAUGGGAGAGGGACACCAACAAGCCAAAGAAAAUGAACCUGAUUUGAAUGCUAUGGCACAGAGGGCAGCAGAAAGAAAAAGAAAAGCUGAACUGAGGCAUAAAGAGGCCCUGAAAGUACAGAAAAACCAAAAAGAAAUGUCAAUUAAACGAAAAACCUGCUGGUUUGGCUCAGUGGAUAGAGCGUUGGCCUGC